AAACUCCGCACUGCUCACGCCCGCGCUGCGCGCUUGUCCCUGCAGCCGCUGCUAGCUCCCCGGGCCCGGGCGCUCGCCCACCGCGGCCUCCUCCCCGCUCAGACAUGGCCUCAGGAGCCGCCACCACCGCCGUGAAGAUUGGAAUAAUUGGUGGAACAGGCCUGGAUGAUCCAGAAAUUUUAGAAGGAAGAACUGAAAAAUACGUGGAUACUCCAUUUGGCAAGCCAUCUGAUGCCUUAAUUUUGGGGAAGAUUAAAAAUGUUGAUUGCGUCCUCCUUGCAAGGCAUGGGAGGCAGCAUACCAUCAUGCCUUCAAAAGUCAACUACCAGGCGAACAUCUGGGCCUUGAAGGAAGAGGGUUGUACACAUGUCAUAGUGACCACGGCUUGUGGCUCCUUGAGGGAUGAGAUUCAGCCCGGCGAUAUUGUCAUUAUCGAUCAAUUCAUUGACAGGACCACCAAGAGGCCUCAGAGCUUCUAUGAUGGGAGUCAUUCCUGUGCCAGAGGAGUGUGCCAUAUUCCAAUGGCCGAACCAUUUUGCCCCAAAACGAGAGAGGUCCUCAUAGAGACUGCUAAGAAGCUAGGACUCCGGUGCCACUCAAAGGGGACGAUAGUCACAAUUGAGGGACCUCGUUUUAGCUCCCGGGUGGAAAGCUUUAUGUUCCGCACCUGGGGGGCAGAUGUUAUCAAUAUGACUACAGUUCCAGAGGUGGUUCUUGCUAAGGAGGCUGGAAUUUGCUACGCAAGUAUUGCCAUGGCAACAGAUUAUGAUUGCUGGAAGGAGCACGAGGAAGCAGUUUCGGUGGACCGGGUCUUAAAGACCCUGAAGGAAAAUGCCAAUAAAGCCAAAAGUUUACUCCUCACUACCAUACCUCAGAUAGGGUCCAUGGAAUGGUCAGAGACCCUCCAUAACCUGAAGAAUAUGGCCCAGUUUUCCAUUUUAGUACCAAGACAUUAAAAUAGCAUGUCUUCCCAGAAGAAGAGAAGACUUUCAAAUUUCAGUCAUCUUGAGAAUUUCUGUUUAACUUGCAUAAAAGCAUGAGAGAGACCUGCGGUUUUCAUGCCCUUGCCUGCAAAAGAAGAACAUAGGGUAAGAAAGAAGACACGUUGUGCGUAUUAGAAACUCUUCCUAAAAGACUUGGACUGCUUCAAAACACAAAAGAAAAGCAAAUGACCAGUAAACAUGUAGAAAAAUAUUACAUUUUAGGAAAAAAGGCCAAGAAGAUAUUAUUCUCUCCUCCCUCUUUUAAAUGUGCAACAAUAAAGGAUGGGUAAUAUCCAGUUACCUUUGCUGCCAAGGAAUAUGAGGAAGAAAUGGGACUCUGGCUAUUUAUUUAUGUGACCGUAAAUUGGUACAAUCUUUCUGGAGGGCAGUUUGGGAAAAUGCAUCAAAAGGCUUAAAAAUACUUAUGUACUUUGUGCUGGGUCCUCCUAGGAAUUUCUCUUUAAAAAAUUAUCAGUGAUACAUACGAAGAAUUAUGUAUAAAGAAGGGUGUUUAAUAGUGUUAGUCAUAAUAGCGGAUACUAUUCAAAAUCUGAACAUCCAACAGUUGGGGAUAAAUUAUGGUUUAGUUAUAAUUAGAUUGUGAAUCAGCCAGCUGAAGAUCGUGUUUUCACAUAACGUUUAAUGUCCUGUAGAAUUGAUGGCUCUGUACUAUGAAAUGAAAAAAAGGAUAUGUAGGCGUUUUACAGCACUACUUUUGUUUUAAAAUGCCAUGUAAAUGUACAAAAAGACUAGAAAUAAAUAUAUAUAAUCUUUUGUUACUGUACUUGGGGGAGGUAUAAUGGGUACUUUUUAUUUUCUUUGAAUCUUUCUAUGUCUUUACAUUUUUCUACAGUGGAUAUAAUCCAAUAGUCAAAUUAUUGUAGAAAUAAAAAUGGAUUUAGGAAGAUCCAGUUCUUAACAAUUUUUUCUGGUAAUGAAGCAAAAUUUAAGAUGGUAAUAUGCAGAGAAGGGUUGUUUAAGAAGGUUACAUCCUUAUUCUGUUUUUUUUUUUUUUUUUUUAAAAAGAAUCCUUAAUUACUAUACAGUUAGAAUGAUGCUGGGAUUUGCAACAGCUUCCUGAGAAAAGCUGGGUGUUUAAUACUGAGGUAGUGUAAAAGUUAAACUAUUUAAAAGACUAAAAACACACAUUAUAGUGUCUGAUUUUUUAAAUUAAUAUUUGACUUUUUUCCUACUCCUUCUU